GUGACCGAUUGCGCCCAUGCUGUCAAGGGGAAGACGCGUCUUGCUUGCUUGCUUGCUUGACGUAGGUGGUGGCCGUAGGACUAGUGGUGGCAGUGGUGGCAGGAAGAGAGUUAGUGCUGUUGCCUCUACUGCUCACCAUUCCUUCCUUGUCCUCGACUCACAAUGUUCGUCCUUUCCUAUCCUCUCCUCUACUUCCUUCGCCCCUUUGUCUUUCGCCUUUCUCCAUCGUUUUCCUUGUGCGUCUUUGCUGCAACCCAAGACCACCUAUCGGUCCAUUGUCUAUCUACAAAGCCGCCAUUAUGGCACCGUUGCCAGCAGUAGCCUCACCUCUCAUGUAUCGAUACUUCAUAAAACAACACGCGUUGCUCCAACCCUUGCCGGCUCUUUCCACGCUUACAUAUAGACGGGUAUAUUGACUUGUCACGUACAAACUACAACGAGCAAACAACCCAAACUAGUUUGACGACAGCUAUAAUGAAUGCUACAACCCUGCGCGUAAUCCUAUCGCG